AUGCCAAAGAGUGCAAACGGAGUACCGAUUCCGAGCUUCAUUUCCGACGACACUGAUUUUGACGAGACGCCCAAAGCUACGACCGAGUCCCCGACAUCGGAUGAUGCUCAAUCAAGUGGUUUCUUCAUGGCUAGAAGCCUCAGCCCGACUAAGCAGCGCGUGAGACAGCAGACAGUCCCGACAGGUAUUGCCUUUGGUGACAUGGCGUCCUCGAGCACUGGCCAGCGCCGACUUUCCACAGAGCAACUACCCCAGACGUUACUCGACAGAAGGAUGAAAAGGGCUUCACGAUCACCCUCGCCUCUUGGCCAUGCACGUGCGCAUUCUGCUGGUACGUCUUCUGCACCACUUCCAUCGGCGCCUUUCUCUGGCAACCAGGACAAAGCCAAGGACAACUCGCGACCGCUUGUUGUAAACGGCUCAAGUGGCAAGACAGCAAAUUACAACGCGCCGGCGUUUGUGCCAAACCAAGAGUUUGCAUCCCCCAGGCCGUUGGGCUUUGAGAACGCGCUGCAGAUUCAGCUACCCGCUAGCAACAGUCCGAUUGCGACUCAUCCCGCGAGCGCAGGGGCGAUGGCCGCCGUGCCCAUGAACGCGUUCCAGGACUACUCGCCGGUUGUUGCCAAUGGAUCGGGCAAGCCAACGACUCUACCCCCAGCAGACGACACCUCGUUCAGGGAGAGAAUUGCAUCUAUGCAUCCAUACUACCCUGGGUCCACUGGCCUGCCGCAGGACGGCAAGCCCCAUGCCUCGGGAACGAAUGCAAGUGCGACAACCGGGUCAAAAGCAUCAGCAUCUUCACGGCAGCGAGCUUCGGCGAGAAACACCUCAGACAUGGCACAUCUUUCUCCGGUUUACGAGACUCGGACCCCGUCUCCGACAACUCACCGGAAGAAUGACAGCGGCUCUGCACACGACAUGUCAUUGCGGCCGAAACAUGGCGGCGGGAGCGAGGCGAAGAAGUCCCCAGUGGCGGACAAGCACCCGGCCAGCCAAGACAGCCAAAAAGGCAAGAAUCAGAAGCCGAAUCAAACGACACAGAGAUCCAAUCCACCGAGGGAAAAUGGACAUGUGCGGGGUGCAAAGAGCGAGAGCGAUGGCGGCUGGCAGAAAGCUGGGCGCAAAAAGAAGGCCCCGAGUGGCUUGAAUGUGUCAAGCCAUGGCGAGCAGCCGCCGAAGAAUGAAUCGGAGCGCAAAGGCGGCUGA